AUGAGUCGCCCAGUUUCUCGCAAGGCCAGGGAGCAGAGCUUCAGCAAGAUGUUUGACCAAACUGCCUUGGCAGCUCUGCAACCCAGCUCGGCAACCAAUUCCGGUUCUAGUACUCCCAUUCGUGGCAGUACCAUCCCCUCCACUGUCUCAUCCCCUUUCAAGCCUCGCAUGUCUCGGCGUACCACUGCCGAUUUCCAAGGGAAUGGUUCACGAUCUCGCCCUGCGUCUAUCGCACCAUCACGGCACUCCUUCAUCGGAGACUGUGAUAUCCAAGAUCCUUCCAUGCUUGCCAACUAUGCAUCUCGACGUGCAACUCUUCUUGGAUGGUUUGAUGAACCUGUCGAAAGAGCUGUUCUUAGCGGUAUCUCACUUACUGGAGUUGCCAUCAAGUCAACUGAAGGACAUGUCUUCCAACCCGCCGAUGUGGACUCACUUUUGCAAUCUGCUGUAUCAAAACUUGAUGCUGAAGCCUUGAUCUCCAUCUCGUCCGAGACAUUGGUAAAGAUCAUCAGUGCCAUCCCUCACACCCAGCGUUCACUUGUCUCUGAGUCAACUGGUGCUCGCAUCCCUGUUGUAACCAACUUGGAGGCUGUCACUCCCGACUUGUGCCACUAUUCCCGAGCAUGCAUCGCACUAGAGGAGCGCAUUGUGUUGGUGUGGUCCCAAGAUCCCAAGGCUAUCAUCCAUGUCGCAGAUCAUGUACAACAAGAGGUCUUCGAAAUGGUAAGAACAUUCAUCUACUCUGACACAGACCUCUUCAGAAGAAGACUUGACCAACCCGACCGUGCUCGAUCGACCUUUACACAACUCAGCUCUGAUACUGCACCUGUUGCAUCUCCCACUGUUGUUCGUGGCGGUCUCGAUGAGAAGAAUGAGAUCUUCUCACGUGCUGUCGCUCUUGAAGAGAAAGAGGAUGAGAACGAAGAUGUUGAGAUGGCUGCCCCUCAGCGGCCAAGACUCAAGAUGCAUGCCUUCAAGAUCAGUAUUGCCAUAAUGUUGGUCAUCAUUACUCAGUCCCUGGGUGUCAUCAAGCUUCUAAAUGAGUACUACUGGGAUGGCGGCUGGGCUCGUUUCGGUCUCCUUGCUACAAUUCCACCUUUGACCCUCUUCUCCCUCUUCUUCUUCAUCGUCCUCGUCACCAGUAUCUUCCAACUGCUCCUCCCUGUCAGCGCAUGUCUCAAGAACUCCCGAUUCCACUCCGCCAUCAAGCCCAAUCCCAAGCGUCAUCGCGACUAUGAGCUGCCCCACAUCACCAUCCAGAUGCCUGUCUACAAGGAAGGUCUCAAAGGUGUCAUUGUUCCGACAAUGAUCAGUGUCAUGGCUGCCAUUGAGUACUACGAGCAACAGGGCGGCACUGCCUCUGUUUUCAUCAACGACGAUGGCAUGCAGAUCAUCCAGCACGAUCUUGCUGAGGCUCGCAAGGCUUAUUACCGCGAAAACGGUAUCGGUUACACUGCUCGUCUUCCCAACUGUAAAGCUGCCAAGAAAGGCGGCUUUCUGUCCUGGUUCAAGAAGUCAGACAAGAAUGCCGGGACCAAUGCUGAGAAGGAUGAGUCGGAGAUGUCGCCGCAAGAACUUUCCAACAAGAUCGGAUUUCUGCGCAAGGGCAAGUUUAAGAAGGCCAGCAACAUGAACUACGGCCUUUCGUUCUCUAAUCGCGUUGAGGAUGAGUUGGUUCGCUUGACUCAGAUUGAGUGCCAACAGCGCCAGUGCAGCGAGAACGAUCUCACUGUUGAUGACGAUAACCUCCUAUACCAGCAAGCUCUGGCCAACAUGCUGGCUGAAGACAACGGUCGAACCUGGGCUGAGGGCAACAUCCGCAUUGGAGAGCUCAUCCUGAUCAUCGACUGUGACACGCGAGUCCCUGUUGACUCCCUCUACUACGGUGCUUUGGAGAUGCACGAGAGCCCCGAAGUUGCGAUCCUCCAGCAUGGAUCAGGCGUCAUGCAGGUUGUCCAUAACACCUUUGAGAACGGCAUUACCUAUUUUACCAACGUCGUUUAUACCGCCAUCAAAUAUGGUGUCGGCUCUGGCGACGUGUCCCCCUUCGUUGGUCACAAUGCCUUCCUACGCUGGAAAGCAAUGCAAGAUAUCGCCUUUGUCGAUCCCAGUGAUGGCCAGGAGAAGUGGUGGUCUGAUGCCCAUGUGUCUGAAGACUUUGACAUUAGUCUUCGUGUCCAGAUGGCGGGCAGUAUCGUGCGUCUUGCAACGUAUCACAAUGGCGGGUUCAAGGAGGGCGUUUCACUCACUCUUUACGACGAGUUGACUCGUUGGGAGAAGUAUGCCUAUGGCUGCAACGAACUUGUCUUCCAUCCAUUCUACCAAUGGCCUUAUAAGGGUCCUGUUACGAGACUAUUCCUUCGCUUCCUCUGGAGCAACAUGCCCAUUACCAGCAAGAUCACCAUUACAGCCUACAUCUUCACUUAUUACGCUAUUGCAUCGGGCCUUGCCUUGACAGUCGCCAACUACAUCAUCAUCGGACUGUUCCCCGACAAGCUCGACCACCUCUACAUGCCUUCUUGGGGCAUCUGGCUAUCCCUUGUAGUUGUCUUCAACGGUCUUGGCUCAGUGGCUUUCAGCAUGGCCCGCCAUCAGCUGAAGGAGGAAGUAUUUUGGCGAGCAUUCCUCCAGUCCAUGAAGUGGCUGCCCUUCUUGGUCAUCUAUUUCGGCGGUAUCAGUCUCAACUGCGCCAAAGCUUUGCUUUGCCACGCUUUCAGCAUCAACAUCGAGUGGGCUUCUACCGCCAAGGAACCCGGACCUAGUGGAUUCUUCAUUGGUCUCGACAAGAUGAUUGAGAGCUUCAAGUACACAUGGAUCAUCUGCAUUGUGUUGUCAGUCAUGAUGAUCUACUUUGCUGUGGGCGCACCUUGGGGAUACACCAUCACCCCUGGUCCUCAUUCGACUGCUGUAGUGGCUAUCGUGCCUCUUGCUAUUCAGGUCUGCAGCGCUUUUUUCCUUCCUCUUACUCUUGGAUUGAACUAG